AUGACAGAACAAAUCAAUGGUAUCAAAAAAAUCAAAGUCGUUUCACCUAUAGUGGAAAUGGACGGAGAUGAAAUGACAAGAAUAAUCUGGCAUUUGAUCAGAUCUAAAUUAAUCCUUCCCUACUUAGACGUCGACUUAAAAUAUUACGACUUAUCUAUCCAAUACCGUGAUGAAACAAACGAUCAAGUCACCAAAGAUUCCGCUCAAGCAACUUUAAAAUACGGAGUAGCGGUAAAAUGUGCCACUAUUACACCUGAUGAAAACCGUGUUAAAGAAUUCGAUUUGAAAAAAAUGUGGAAAUCACCAAAUGGGACCAUUAGGAACGUCCUUGGUGGUACUUUAUUUAGAGAACCUAUCGUGAUUGAUAAUAUUCCUAGAUUAGUCCCAAAUUGGGAAAAACCAAUCAUCAUUGGAAGACAUGCAUUUGGUGAUCAAUAUAAGGCGAAAGAUUUGGUCAUUCCUCAUGAUGGUCAAUUGAAAAUCGUUUUCAAAUCAAAUAAGGGACCUGAUCAAGAUAUUGAUUUGAACGUUUUCCAAUUCCCUGAAUGUGGAGGUGUCGCAAUGAUGAUGUACAAUACAAUUGAAUCCAUUGAAGGGUUCGCUUUAAGUUCUUUCAAAUUGGCUUUGGAAAGGAAAAUGCCAUUGUAUUCAACUACCAAAAAUACUAUUUUAAAAAGAUAUGAUGGGAAAUUCAAAGAUAUUUUUGAAAAUAUGUAUGAAGAACAAUUUAGAGAACAAUUUGAAGAAUUAGGGAUUUGGUAUGAACAUCGUCUAAUUGACGAUAUGGUGGCUCAAAUGUUGAAAUCCAAAGGUGGAUUCAUCAUCGCUAUGAAAAAUUAUGAUGGUGAUGUUCAAUCUGAUAUUGUGGCGCAAGGUUUUGGUUCAUUGGGUUUAAUGACGUCAGUUUUGAUUUCCUCGGAUGGGAAAUCUUUUGAAAGUGAAGCUGCUCAUGGGACUGUUACAAGACAUUAUAGACAACAUCAACAAGGUAAAGAAACUUCUACCAAUUCAAUUGCUUCCAUUUUUGCCUGGUCAAGAGGUAUAAUAAAAAGAGGUCAAGUCGAUGAAACUCCAGAUGUUGUUGAAUUCGGAAACUUACUAGAAAAAGCUACAAUCGAUACUGUAGGAGUCGAUGGAAUUAUGACAAAAGAUUUAGCUUUGACUAUGGGGAAGACUGAUAGAGCAUCCUACGUUACCACAGAAGAAUUUAUCGACGCAGUGGAAAAAAGAUUAAAGAAACAAUUCCAAACUAAAUUUUACUGA